AUGUUUGUCUACGCUUCCAGCUUCCGCGCGCCACAAGGAGUCAGCGGCCACUACGAAGAUUACGGAGACUUCUACCGAUGCUUGGCUAUUAAUGAGAAACACCCCGGCAUGAACGUCCAGGGCAAAUACUGCGUGAUCCGCGCUCAGGUCGCCCCUACCUUCCUGUCUUCAGAAGGUGGGGGGGCUACCUUCAGAAUGUCUUCAGAAGGUAGGGGGCCUACCUUCAGCGUGUCGUCGUCAAGCAACGUGAGCUGGACCGAACCGAAGUCCAAUGCGACCGAAUCAGCAGCAGGAGCGGAGUCGCAGCGUGUGGCAGUGUCGCUGGUGCUGGGGGUGUGCGUGCCGCGGGCGUGCACUGCGCACGCGCUGCUGCCGGCGCGCCUCAACUACUCGCUGCAGUUCUGCCGGCUGCCCGCAGACAAGCCCUACGCCGCCGUCGACUACGUCGCUUUAUUUAUCUUGUUACUGCUUUGUGUUCUCACAGUCGUCAGUACAACAUAUGAACUGCAUAAUAUGUUUAUACUGAAAAAAGAGCCGCAGUACGAGUGGGUAUGCGCGUUCUCUCUGCACCGCAACACGCGGCUGCUGAGGACCGCGCCCGGAGGGCUGGCCUGCCUGCACGGCGUCCGCGCCCUCUCCGUGCUCUGGAUCAUCAUACUACACUCCUCGAUGCAACUUCGACAACAUUCUGUUAACGAAGAGGAAACAAGCGAAAGUGUCAGUGGGCAGAUGUAUUUUGUUGUGGCCGAGGGCCACCUCGCCGUAGACUCCUUCUUUGUGCUGAGCGGACUGCUACUGGUCUACACCAGCGCUGGUAAAACAGAGUCACUGUCGCUGAGUAACCUGCCCCGGUUCUACCUGAACCGCUACGUGCGGUUGUUCCCGCUGCUGGCGGCGGCCGUGCUGCUGCGCGCCGUCGAGCCGCGCCUGACCGAAGGGCCCACGGCGGCGGACCGCGCUAAAGAGGUCGGAAAGGCCCCAGUCGUUCGUUGCCGCGAGUACUGGUGGAGCGCUCUGCUGCACGUACAGAAUAUUGUCAACCCGAGAGAAAUGUGCCUGGGUCACAGCUGGUACCUGUCGGUGGACAUGCAGCUGUACGUGGCGGCGGCGCUGCUGCUGUGUGUGUGCGGGGCGGGGCGGGUGCGCUGGCGCACGUGGUCCGCGCUCGGCGCCGCCGCGCUGGCCGCCGGGGCUGCGACGCUCGCCUUCUGUUUCUGUUUCAACUUUCUUGCCACGGCGCGGGAGUCGCCGCGCAACGUGACGUCUUUCCCAGAAGCCUUCUGGACGUGGUAUUACUAUAACACUAUAGUGCGCUCCCCUCCCUUCUUCAUCGGGAUGCUGCUAGGGUACGCCCUGCACGUCUACAAGAACAAUGAACUUAGUUUACCGAAGUGGUGCAUCUGGCUGUGUUACGGCGCGGCAUUGGCGUUGUCCAUGCUGGUGAUGGUGACAGAGCACCCGGGUACCCGCGCGUUCUUCGACGAACACUUGGCGGCUCAGAAUCUCCAGCUGGGCCUGUCCCGGUCGUGCUGGGCGCUGGCGCUGAGCUGGCUCAUCUUCGCCUGCACUCAGGGCUACGGAGGUCCCGUGGACUGGUUCCUGUCGCUGCGGCUGUGGCGGUUCGUGGCGCGCCUCUCCUACGCCAUGUACUUGUUCAGCCUUAUCCUCCAGAAGGCGCCGGAGGCUAGCGGGGACGUCAACUACUUUGAUACGCGCACACUGCUGUGGCGGUUCUGCGGCGACGCGAUGGUGACGGUAGCGGUAUCGGUGGCGGCCAUCGUGCUGGUGGAGACGCCGCUAAACACGCUCCUAGCCCCGCUCCUCAAGCCCCGCACUACCCUCAAGCCCCGCACUACCCACAAACCUUAA